GCGCGGGGAGGGGUGGGGGAGGAGGGAAAGCGGCGAGUAAGAUGGAAGAUGAGGAGGUCGCUGAGAGCUGGGAGGAGGCGGCAGACAGCGGGGAAAUAGACAGACGGUUGGAAAAAAAACUGAAGAUCACACAAAAGGAGAGCAGGAAAUCCAAAUCUCCUCCCAAAGUGCCCAUUGUGAUUCAGGACGAUAGUCUUCCCGCGGGGCCCCCUCCACAGAUCCGCAUCCUCAAGAGGCCCACCAGCAACGGUGUGGUCAGCAGCCCCAACUCCUCCAGCAGGCCGGCCCUUCCUGUCAAGUCCCUCGCACAGCGGGAGGCAGAGUACGCCGAGGCCCGGAAGCGGAUCCUGGGCAGCGCCAGCCCCGAGGAGGAACAGGAGAAGCCCAUCCUCGACAGGCCAACCAGGAUCUCCCAACCCGAGGACAGCAGGCAGCCCAAUAAUGUGAUCAGACAGCCUUUAGGUCCAGAUGGGUCACAAGGCUUCAAACAACGCAGAUAAAUGCGUGCAGGAAAGGAUGCUGCCGCUGCCGCCGUCACCGCCGCCUCUUGGGUCGUCUGCCGCGGGUUGCACUGCCGUGGCAGACAGCUGGACUUGAGCAGAGGGAACGACCUGACUUACUUGCACUGUGAUCCCCUUUGCUCCGCCCACUGUGACCUUGAACCCCAUGCACUGUGACCUCCCUCCUUCCCCCCCCUUCCCACUGUGAUUGGCGUGUCUACAAGGGCUGUCCCAAGUCAAUGGAAAGGGAAAGGGUUGGGGUUAGGGGAGGGUUGGGGGGACCCAGGAAGGACUCAGAGUAGAGAGUCAGACAGUGCCACUUGGCCAUUUGGGGUAAAGCCAGUGCCAGCAAUAACAGUUUAUCAUGCUCAUUAAUUUGGGAUUUCAAAACACAGAUGAGAACUCCCAUCCACCCACCCCCAAGUGCAUGUCUUCACUUAAAAGCAAGUUCCAUUUGAAAAUAUCCUUUCAUUUUUUUUCUCCUUCCUAUUUUUUGUUUGUUUAUACAAAUAUCUGAUUUGCAAGAAAAAGUGCAUGGGAGGGGUUUAGCGGUUUAAUGAAUUUUUAAUUGAGAAAGGGUAGUUUGGUAGAGUCUACUUAAAAAUGUUUCUGGGAAAUUCACUAGAAACAUUAACCAAUAGGAUGUUGGUGAGCUUAGCUUCUGUAUUCCUACUGCCGCCCAGAAAAGGGGCAGGGCUCUGCAGCCCCCAGGACAGAUGAGCACCCCAUGCCUAUACCUCCCUCCCCCAGCUGAGUCCCAGGGGCUUCUUGGCCCUGCCUGGAGACUAGGCUAGCUGUACAGGCUCACAGAGCCUGGGGAGGGUGCUAACCCACCUCUAGUAUUCUGGGAGUCAGGGAAAGUGAACAGACUUCCCCUUCCCACACCCCUCAGGGCGGUUCCCUACCAGCCAGGCAAGCUCCUUCUGGAAGAGAUCAGGGAGUGAGACGCACUCCGAGCUCAGAAGUAAGGGGUGUGAGACUUGCUCAGUGAUGGGCUGUCGGCACAGGGAGAGCCGGGAGAGAGCAGCUCUAGCACUCCGAGCCUCCUGCCUGGCGUGCUCGGAAGACGAGGAGACCGUCCCACGCUCCGGGGUCUGUGAGCGCCUCCUGUGCGGACAGCACCAGCUCAGUGACCGUUCCUGGUACAUUUCUUUUGUGAAAUCACUACCUUGGGAGCAGACCAUUCUGAAUACGUUUGGAGAGAGGCAGGUUGUGCAUUGCAGAGAUUGGUGAUGAUAGACUGGUUCCCCAAAAACCCAGGCUACCCUUUACCCGUUUUUCUAAAUCGAGGGCUUGGAAUGAAGGCAGUUUCCCCCUCUGUCCCUGGAGCCUAGAGAUUUGCUCUCUCUCUUUAAGGUGGAAGAGGCUAAGAGGGCAGCUGCCCAGAGCAGCUGUGUGUGUGUGUGUGUGUGUACAAUCUGGGUCCUCUCAGGCUUUCUGGUCUCUUCUGUUGCACUGCGCCUUAUGCCUCAGCCAGCCACAUGGCCUCCCCACUCAGUGGAUGAGUUUCGGACUAGGUGGUAUGACGUUUUGUGAUUAGGGCAGCUUGUGGUGGCCAAGGUGGCAAGCAAGGUUUUGCAGGCUCACUCCACCUUUGGCUCCCCUGGCUCUCAGCCUUGCCUUGUGCAAAUGGAGGCCGGGCCCGGCAAGCCGCGUCCCCCGCAGCUCCCACUUAGGAGGAAGGGCCGGCUGCCAGCGGAAGCAGCAGCCAGCCCGUAGCACAGCCUUAUAACCAUGAGAAGCCAGGAAAUUGUCCUCAAGCAGAGCUGAGGACAUAGGCUGUUCCCUCCAGGAGUGGGCAAGGGAGAAAGUUGGCUGCUGUCUUUAUAGUUCCCCUGCCCUGACCAAGUUUUCUUAUGCUAGAUGUACAGUGUCCGUCCCUCAUGUAAUAGUGGUUUCUGGCCCAAGAUGAGACUGUCCUUUCAGUUGGAGACGGGCACAGAGAUAGGCCGGGGGCACGGCCUGUGGUGCCAGUGCUCGGCCAUUGGGACCGCCUGUUCUUGCCCAGCCCUCCCCUAGGGGGAGCCCGCGGGAAGGCUGGCUGACGGGCGUCUGGAUUGAGGAGGUGGUAGGGACCGUAGUUCCCACCUCCCUCCGGCCAAAGACGGGGCUCUGCCCGCUGUGUGCCCUUGGCUUCCCAGACGGAGAGGUGGCAGGCAACAUUUUAAAAAGGAAGAAGUGAAAACAAGGAACUGUAUUGCAUUGGAGGGAGGCGGGAGGGGAGAUGGGAGAAUGGUUUGGAUUUUGUGUGUGGGUUUUUUGUUUUUUUGGGGUUUUUUUUUUUUUGGUAGUUGUCUGUAACUUUCCUUAAGUGCUUCUUCUUUUUUUUUUUUAAUUUUUUUUUUUUAAGUAAGCUGCAGGCUUUGGCUUGGAAAACCCCAGGGGGAUGGGGGGCAGAAACCUGAGGCUGCUGCCCCUUUAUCUGCCUCUAUGGUACUGUCCCCUUCCCCCCUAGCCUCUCCCUGACCCCAGGAGCCAGGCCUCAGACCUUCCAGCUAACCGCUUCCCAUGAGCCACUAUUCUGAUGUCAGCCUAUAACCAAAGGAGCUGGGGGGUCCGGGCCUGGUGACCAGCCCUUCUCAGCCCACUCAAUCAGGGUGCUCCCCACCUGCAGGCAGGAGGCAACACCCUAUCUGCUACCAUCAGCCCCUUCCAGAGCCCACUGCCCCGCCCCGCCCUGUCCAGCCCAGCCGUACCCUGCUCUGCCCCAUGUGGGGGUGCUCUGCUCAGGGAUGGGCCGGCAGGGCUGCCCCAGCCUCCCUGGCAAGCAGAGACUCUGGAAACCUCUGGGGUCCUGUUUUCUGGCCGUGCGAUCCCAGGGGUGCACACGGGCCCCUUGGGUGUCUGAACAGAAGGGCAUGGGAGGGAGGGCCGCACCCCUGCAGUCCUGCUCUGCUGGUUUAGCGGGCAGCUGCCUACCGCACCCCACCCCGCACCGCGGGCUCCUGAGUCGGCAGAUUAAGCAUUUUAUAAAUUGUAUUUUAAAUACAUGUUUUAAACUUGUCAGAGCUUUGUCCUCAUUCCGGUCCCUGGCCUCCUACCCUCGCUGUGCCUGCCUGUUACACCGCCUGCGGAGUCACCCUGCUCAGUCCCUGGGAGCGCUCGCUCUUUGUCGGAGAAACAGGCCCAGGGUGGUAUGUGGGUUGGGGGGCAAAGACCCACACACCCUUAGGUUCCAAGAGAAGGGCCUCCAUGGGUCCUGGGGCUGUUAGUGAGAGCAUGGCUGACACCCCUCCUGCCCUCCUGCAGGGUCUGGCUGCCCCUUGCAGGGUCCCCAGGUACUUCCCUGAGAUUCACCGCUCCCCUCGAGCAGGUGGGGAGAGAUGCUUCCCGUCCUUGUGGGGAUCCUAGUCCAAAGAGGGAGACACUCCUCUGCGGAGAGUUUCAGCUCCAUGCUUCGAGAGUAUGUAUGAGGUCAAGACUUUGCACCCUGGGUCCCUCUAGCAGGAGCCCUAACCCUGGGCAUGGUUCUGACGUGUCUCGGUUCAGGGUUUCCCAAGCCUGUGGGAGGCCAGGGCCCUGCACGCCAAGAGCCGAGUGGAGGGAUGAAAGCCUGCGGGCCUUCCCAGGUGCCAGACAGAGGCUGAGGUUCUCAGUAUUUAUUGGCUUACCAGGCCACAAAAGCAAAAUUCAGCAGCGGUACCUGCCUGAUGACCUGUCCGUCUGCAGGCCUUGCACGGCAGCCCAAGGUCAGGACUCCAUGGGUCAGCGGGUUCGAGCUGGCACAGAGCUGAGCCACUUCCGGCUCUCAGAGCUGUGUUCCCUAGAGGGAGAGGUGAGCAAGGCGGGAGGAAAUGUGCCAUCCCCACGUCCCAGGGGGAGGAGGCCUUCCCUGGGAACUGUGGGAGCUAAGCAGUUGGGCUCAGGGGCCUGAUUGCAGGUCCAGACUUCAUUUACCCCCAGAGUGCCUAGAAGGGGACCGACGGGGAAAGCUUCCCUCCACCCAGCAGUCCCUGUUUCCUACUGUUCCUAACACAGGAGUCAGACUGGAGCAAAGGACUUGAGCGCUUAAACCCCCUCCCUGUAUGGGAAAGGCAGGCGAUGCCAGCCUAAGAGAAAGACGGUCUGUGCCCGAGUCUGGGCACAGGAAGGCACAGGCGCCAUGACCCACCAUCGACGUGGCACACCCCCUCAACAGAGGUCACUUGCUCACUGCUUCCAUCCUUUUCCCCUUUUCCUCCCUGGAGCAGCAGUAUCCCAGGGAUCAUCUCUUGGAAGGCUGGGCUCCCCUUGGGUUAGGCGAGGGCCUCAUAGAGGAGGAGGAGGUGGGUGGGCCUGGGCUGGAGACCUACCUGUUUCCUUGAAGUCCUGACUGCAAGAAAAGGCCCCGGAGGUCAGGGCCCAGGCUGGUGGGGGCACCCUGGUCUGGCAGGAAGUGGCUGCCCUGCUUCCAUGGGACAGCGUUCUUGUCCCGCCGCAGAUAGAGCGGGACACAGGGCGCCUGGGCGUAGGGGCUCUGCAGAUUGGCAGCUGCAAGGGAGGAGGGGGGAGUGCUUCAGAGCGCGCCCAGCAGAAACCCCAGCUUUGCCACAUAACGAGCUGGGUGGGUUUGGGCAAAUCGCUAACCUCUCUGAGCCUCUGUGUGAGCUGGAGGUGAUUGCGGCGCCCACCUCCUGAAGCUGAUUAAAGGGGUAACACAUGCGGGGCCCCCCUGCUAAGUUCUGAGCACAGUGUGAGGGCAGGCUAAUGACAGCUUGCCCAGGACGACGUGUCUUUUGUGACCGUCCUGGCGGUCUGGCUGGUACACCAGAGAGACUCUGGAGAGCUCCUGGCCCCUCGCUCGGCGCACAAUAGGAAUCUAGCCAGUGGCCGCUGCUGUCAUGGGGCGGCAGCCUUGCCCAGUGAAAAGGGCACAGGUUUUGGAGUCAGACCUGGGUGUAAACUGCUUUCUGACACGCGCUAGUUGUGGGGCCUUGGACAAGCUGCUUAAACUCCUUGAGUGUCACUUUCUCUUCUGUAAGGUGGGGUACACACGUGAGAGUGGGGGUUAAAUUCCAGCGCGUGUACGAAGCCCCCGGCCUGGGGAGUGACCCUAGUGGGUGUGCAGUGAAUGGUGACCUGAGAUGACUAACCACCCUCCAUUCUCGGCCGAGGCUCCUGGGACCAACGUGUGCUCAGGAUUGAGGCCCGGGGGACAAGUGCAGAGGGCCCCGUCAGAGCUGGGGGUGGAGGACUGACUUUCAGCCCAAUGACUGCCGCUCACAGGCCCAGCGUGGGAAGCCGUGUCUCGCAGACGAGGUGCGGCUGCAGGGGCCCAGGGGACGGGGCCAGGUGGGCAGGAGAGCCGAGAACCCACCGGCCCUGGGCCCUCACCAUAGUUCUGCUGCUUCAGCCGGCUCAGGAUCCUGAGGACCCUUCGUUCCGGGACUUCCAAGGCGUCUGGCUGGUGGGGGCUGCAGGGAAGCUUCUUCCGGGACCGCAGCCAGCCCACGGCCGACUCCAUCUCUUGGGCCUUACAGAUGCCUUCCUUAAGCUUCUUCUGGUAAUAGCUGGGGAGGCAGGGUCCGCCCCGCUCAGCCUGGCGGCAUUUAAUUCACCCUCCUCCCCACUCGCUCUUUCUGAGCCCCUGUUCCCUAUGGCCAGCUCUGCGGCAGGGACACAAGCCUGGGAGUUGGGAGACCUGGGUUUCAGUCUCUGUUCUGCCAUUCACUUCCCGUGACUGUGGGUGAGUCACUGCCUUGCUUUGGGCUCCAGUCACCCCUAAAGGGAAAUGGCUUUCUCUACCCUGUCCCUGCAAGCCACUUGACUUCUCUGGGCCUUCAGGUGUCCCCUGGGUAAAACAGAUUGGUUUUCAUGUUCUAGGAUUAAAUAACAAGGCCCCUCAGGGACUCAAGCAAAUCGGCCCACGGAAACAGCUCUGGUAAAUGUUACUGUGAUUUCUGUCACAUAUUUUUGCCGAGCCAUACAAGUGCUCUGCAAGGCAGCCGUGCUCAUCAGGCUGCAGUUUCAUUUGCGUUUUAUUUUCUUGACUCAUUGCCGCCUGCCUGCCCCCUUGACUGCAGCACUGCUCAUUCACUCAGUAAACAUUCAGUGCGUGUUUACUGCAUGCCGGCUGCUCAUCUAAGUGCUUGGGGAAAGCAGCGCAAGAGAGCUCCACGUAGGUCCCCUGCCUCCUGGUCUCUCAGCCCCUCCCUCACUCCGGCCACCGCUGCAGUGACCACUUCCACACGGACUUUGAGCAGCUUGGCACAGGGACGGUCUGACAUGGCCUCACCUCAGAAGCCUCUCGCCUGGAGAUUCUCCGACACAUAAGCAUCCCAGAAGUCCAGGGGAAUUAAACCACUGUGGGCUCUACCCUUGACCAAAGGAGCUAGCAACUGAGGCACACAGGUUUCUUUUGUUCUGACAGAAUGCUGAGCCACCAUUCAGUCUCCUCAGAAGAUCCUGGGGGUGGUUGACUCAGUGACACAUGCUUGCAUUGGCUCCUUCUUUGUUCACAUUCCCUCUAUCACUCUCCUCGCUGGGUUCACCUUCUAAAAUCAACCACCUAGGCACACACCUAGUGGGAGAGUCAGACCGUGAACAAAUAAAUACACCACCAUGUCAGUAGUGAUGGGUAUUCUACGAGUGAGUAAAAGCUGGAUAGUGGGGUAGGGAGGAAGGGCUGUUUUUGCUUGCAGUGCUCAGUACAAGUUUCAGGUGGUGAUGUUUAAGCAGAAUGAGGGGAGGAAGCAAGUCAAAUGGAUGUCUCUGGAGAAACAGUCUUCCAAGCAGAGAGAAUGGCAUGUGGGAAGGCCAUGAGGUGAGAAAGGCAGGGAGGCGAGAGGGGAUAGAGCCUGCUGUGUGAAAGGGGGAAACGUGGGCAGCAAGAUGGCAGAGCCAGACCACCAGGGCUUUGAGGCAGUGGUGAGGGCUGGUCUUGGGAAACCCUAAGACUUAAGUUGCUAGUUCUGCUGGGGCCUCUGCUAAUCUCUGGGGCCUGGAAUUUGGGGUCUUAAUGAGCUUUACACACAGAACAUAGAAAAUGAAUACUGGAGCCCCCACGUGAAAGUUGGAUCUGGACCCCUAUUUAAAAGUAGGAUCUGAAAAGGCAAUGUGUUGAGUGAAAAGAUGAAUGAGAAAAUAACCAAACCCCACAAGGGCCAAAAGGACCUGAGCAAAGUGCGUACAACUUUCUUGGUCACAAUUUUAAAGGAAAUUGCUUGCUCUCCACUUCCUCUCUCCCUUUUCCAAAGACUUGAAUUAAGAUGUGUUGCUGGUAAAUUGGCUUAGGAUUGACUUAGGGAAUGGUGGAACAGUAAGUUAGAAAGAAAAUAUACAUUGUGUGCUGGGCAGCCUUGUCUUCCUGCCUGCUUCUCCUGGACUGUCAAUAUAAGAGAGAAAUAAACUAUCUUGUCUGAA